AAUUCAAGGAAAAAGUCAGAAAAAAAACCCCAACUCAUUAAAGCAAAAUCGGAUCUGUCCUUUGUCCGUAGAAGAAGAAAGAAGAUGGGAUUGCUCUCGAACAAGAUCUCCAGAGAUGAACUCAAAGCAGGCGAUCACAUCUAUUCAUGGCGUUCUUACAUCUAUACCCAUCACGGAAUCUAUGUAGGAGAUGGGAAAGUCAUCCAUUUCACACGUGGAGGUGGUUUAGAGAUCGGAACAGGGACUAUUCUUGACAAGAUCAUCGUUAGUUCAGUUCCUAACCACGGAGGAGACAACCCUUGUCCUGAUUGCGGAGACCAAACAGAUCACAACGGUGUCAUCACUUCUUGUCUUGACUGUUUUCUCUCCGGAGGAAACCUCUAUCUCUUCGAGUACAAUGUCUCCAAGGCCAUCUUUCUCGCCAAGCAGCGAGGAGGUACCUGCACUAUAGCAGCUUCAGAUCCUCCUGAAGACGUCGUUGACCGCGCGAAGUUCCUCCUAUUGAGAAAUGGGUUUGGUGAGUAUCAUCUCUUGGACAACAACUGCGAAGAUUUCGCCAUUUAUUGUAAAACUGGUUUGCUUGUGUUGUCGGUGACCAAGUCGGGGAGUAGUAGCCAGGUGAAUUCGGUGUGUGCGGCGGGUGGUGUUGUUACUUUGACACUCAGGGCUUUAGGGGUGGGAACGAGUGGUUCCUUGGCGACAGCGUCGUCUCCAGCUUUGACGGUUUCUGCUUCAACGAGUGCUCUUUCUACGACGCUUGGAGCUGUAGCUACUGGUGUUGGAGCCGUGGCAUUGACGGGAUAUGGUAAUUACUGUAUUAGUCGUUUGGCUUAUGACGUUGGUGUGAGGAAAGAUGUUCGUAAGGUCCCUGUGGAAGAGCUCGUAGCACUUAUGGCAGUUAUACAAGGGAAAUCUGAAUCAGACAACAACAACAAGAUCGAGUCUAAACUUAAUUAGCAUUUGUUUUGGUUAAUGAGUUGAUGACUAAUUUGUUAUGUAUCGUGUAAACUGUGUUUUAACUAUUUUAUGAAACUGGAACAUACAGUAAAAAUAUAUACAAAAAGAUAGCGUAUAUGAAACUAUAAAUCAAACACUAUUACAAAACUUGU